GGACUUCUUUCCUUUAGAACACUCAAGAUUAAUACAUCUCUUUUUACUUCACCUUUCUGGUCUUGAAAACAAUGAAGGCUUUACUUUUCAUUGCUAUGUUGGGGGCAGUCGCCGCUGAUAGACGUCCUCCUACAAGUUACGGAGCACCAAAUGGAGGUUUCGGUAAUGGGUUUGGUGCCUCAAAUGGAGGCCCAAGCAAUGGUUACACACCUCCAGGAAACAAUGGCUUUGGGGCAUCUCCAGGUAAUGGAAAUGGAGCCCCUACAAGCAAUGGAUUUGGACUCUCCUCAGGCAAUGGGUUUGCAGGUGCUCCAAGCAAUGGAUAUGGAGCUCCCCCAAGUAACAGGUAUGGUCCCCCAACAGGUUCUUAUGGCCUAGAUCCGGAGCUGGUUGCUCUGCAGGAGAACAUUCCAGGAGGUGGCGUCCCCGGUGAAGACUACCCAGUCUUGUCUUCUCCACCAGACACUGGCUUCUCUUGUGAUGACCAGGCAGUGGCUGGUUAUUACGCUGACACUGCCCCUGAUGCUAGCUGCCAGGUGUUCCACAUUUGCCAGGACCGUGCCCUCAGACGCCAGAAGGACUCAUUCCUGUGCCCCAACGGUACCAUUUUCAACCAGCAGUACCUGGUGUGUGACUGGUGGUUCAACGUGGACUGUUCACAGGCUGAGAACUUCUACUCCGUCAACGAACAGAUUGGUGUCGUCCCCAGUGCUGGCUAUGGUUAUGGUCCCAUUGCUAACGGUAUUGCCAAUGGAAUUGUUAACGGGAAUGGUAAUGGCUACACUAAUGACAAUGGAUUAAACGGAAAUGGCAGGAAUGGUAAUGGUAGGAAUGGAAGCAAUGGUUAUGGAUCUAAUGGAAAUGGAUUAAACGGAAAUGGCAGGAAUGGUAAUGGUAGGAAUGGAAGCAAUGGUUAUGGAUCCAAUGGCAAUGGCCGUAAUGGAAACGGAGGUAGUAAUGGUAGAAAUGGAAACAAUGGUUAUGGAUCAAAUGGAAAUGGAAGGAAUGGAAAUGGUGCUGGUAUCUUUGCCAAUGGUAAUGGUGGUAAUGGGAAUGGUGCCAGCAAUGGAUAUACCGCACCAGCUUCUCCCUCCAAUUCCUAUGGCACUCCAUUUUAACAUGA